AUGGCCAGCCAGAGGCCUAACCGACCCACCUGCAUCAGGGCAGCGUUCAGUUCAGCUGGUUUUCGGAAGUGGCAGAGACAAGCGCGCCAUCGUCUUCAGGUCAGCUCCAGAAGGAACCUCAUGGACUUUGCUGAAGGCAUCUGGAGAGAGUUUUUAGAUCCUUAUGAUGGUGACUCGGAAGACACCCCGGGUCACUCCGGCUGCCGCAGCUACCGCCAGCGUGCCUACCGCCUCCUGGGGGACAGGAGCCGCAACUCGCCCUCCUACACAAUGAAGUUCCGGACUGCUGAGGAGGCUGGCGUGGAAGACUCGCUCCCAAAGGCUCCAGACCUCACUGUGAAAGCCUCCGCCUGGGCCCCUAUAGCCCUGGAAGUCAAUGAUGUCGACAUGCAGCCCGAGGGCGAACUAAAGACACCGGGCCCCCGAGAGAGCAAUGGGCGUCCUGGCAGGCUGUCCCCAUCCCCAGAGGACUGGAGGAUGGCAAGGGCUGCCAGCCCCCUCAUGCCUGUGGAGACCCCAGAGAUAGGCAGACACCUGCUGAGCAGAGCCAGAGCCACCCGGCCGCCGACCAGACUUGGGAGUGAAAGAGAUAAGGGACCCAGGCUGUCGCUUUCCAAGAGAAAACUGGAGCUCCUGCUUGGAGAGCCUGAGAGGGUUAAGAGGAAGAAGAAGUACGUGGGCCAGCCCAGGGGCCCAAGUUAG